UUGCAAGGCCUUAUAAUUGGUCGAUGAAAUUAUGUGAAGACGCCAAUUUUGGUGCAGUGUUUGGAAAUGGACGGCGAAGCCUCAUCGGAAUCAGACGUUUCCCGACCACGGCUGUCGAAGAAACCGUCGAGUUCUUCUUCGUUCCAGCUCCGAUGCCCUAGCCUGAACUCCCUCCGUCUCCGUCGCAUAUUCGACAUGUUCGACAAGAACGGCGACGGCAUGAUCACCAGCGAGGAGCUGGGGCAAGCUCUGUCCCUGCUCGGCCUGGACGCGGAGGAAUCCGAGCUGGAUUCCACCGUGAACUCCUUCAUCCAGCCGGGAAAUGAGGGGCUGAGAUUUGAAGACUUCGCGGCGCUGCACCAGUCGUUGAACGACGCCUACUUCGGCGGACAGGACGGGGAGGUGAAUGAACAGAAUGAAGAAGAAAAGAGGAUGUCGCAGGAGGAGUCGGAUCUGACGGAGGCGUUUAGGGUGUUCGAUGAGGACGGCGAUGGGUACAUUUCCGCGGCGGAGCUGCAAGUGGUGCUGAGGAAGCUGAGGUUGUCGGAAGGGAAUGAGAUCGAUAGCGUUCAGAAGAUGAUCUUGUCCGUUGAUCGUAAUAAAGAUGGACGGGUCGAUUUCUUUGAGUUUAAGGACAUGAUGCGCAGUGUUAUUGUCCGGACAUGAUCCAUCCUCUCUCAUCCAUCAUCAUCCAUGCCAUGGAUCGAAUCCAACCUUGGGUUCUUUUUUUUUUCCUUUUUUUUAUUUUAUAAUAUUUGUUUUUAUUUUAUUUUAAUGUUUUUGUUUGCUUUGGAUUUUUCUAUACAAAAAUCAUCAACCACACAGUAUUUUCCUUUCAUCCA